AUGUCUACUCACGAAAAGGAAAACCCCAUCGCCCAAGCGGCUUCAGAAUCUGCAGACUCAGAUACACCAGGCUUCCACCCCAAAGGAUGGAUGUACAAGACCGUUCGCAUCGCUGGCGUUGACCUCUGGUACGCCUCGCCCAAGGUCCAACUCCUCAUGGUCUCCAUCGUCUGCUUCUUGUGUCCCGGCAUGUUCAAUGCCUUGACUGGCCUCGGAGGUGGCGGCCAAGUCUCCAAUGAAGCCCAGGAUCACGCCAAUACGGCUCUCUACAGCACCUUUGCCGUCAUUGGUUUCUUCGCUGGUACUUUCGCAAACAGACUUGGCCUUCGUCUGACUCUGUCCAUCGGAGGUUUGGGAUAUUGUGUCUAUGCUGCUUCGUUCUUGUGCUAUUCGCAUACUCAGAACAUGCCCUUUGUCGUCUUUGCUGGUGCUCUCUUGGGUCUCUGCGCUGGACUCUUGUGGGCUGCUCAGGGAUCUAUCAUGAUGUCUUAUCCUCCUGAGAAGAGCAAGGGACGAUAUAUCUCUUGGUUCUGGGUCAUUUUCAACAUGGGUGCUGUCAUCGGUUCUCUUAUCCCCCUUGCUCAAAACAUCAACAAGAAAGCUGGCCCCGUCUCCGAUGGCACGUACGCCGCUUUCAUCGCUCUCAUGGCCAUCGGCGCCAUCCUCGCCCUCAUGAUCUGCGACGCCGACAAGAUCGUUCGUGAGGACAACACCAAGGUCAUCGUCAUGAAGAACCCCUCAUGGAGCACCGAAAUCAAGGGUCUCUGGGAAACACUCUCCCACGCCCCCUGGGUCGUCCUCCUCUUCCCCAUGUUCUUCUCCUCAAACAUCUUCUACACUUACCAAAACGUCAACAUGAACCUCGCUCAGUUCAACGUCCGCACUCGCGCUCUCAACAACUUGCUCUACUGGCUCGCUCAGAUCUUUGGCGCCCUUAUUGUUGGAUACGCCCUUGACGCCUCUAGCGUCCGUCGCAGUGUCCGAGCAAAGAUCUCUCUGGUUGUCCUCUUUGUUCUGACCUUUGCUAUCUGGGGUGGUGGCUAUGCCUGGCAGAAGGAUCAGCGACCUCGCGAGAUCGCCAUGAACCCUGCCAACGAGGAUGACAAGAUUGACUGGGACGAUGGUGCUCACAAGUUCCUUGCUCCCAUGUUCCUCUACUUCUUCUACGGCUUCUUCGAUGCUGCUUGGCAGACUUGCAUCUACUGGUACAUGGGUUUCUACAAGGGUAUCCAAUCCGCCGGUGCAGCCAUCUUCUGGCGUCUCGACGGCCUCGGCAAGCCAUUCGACACCAUUUUCGCCGCUACAUGGGCCUGCCUCGGUGCUUCGCUCGUCAUCGCCGCCCCUGUCAUCUUCAUGAAGAUCCAGGACUCCGUCUCAAUCGAAGAGGAUCUUAAGUUCAGCGACGAGAAGAUCGAGGACGUCAUUGUCGCACCUACAGAUAAGAAGAUUGCCCUCACAGAGGCGUAG